ACGCGCUACACAAGGUGGCUGCCGAGAUUCGGUCCAUAAGCAGAAAGGCAGACUUGUGCCACUACAUGCAGGGCAACCGCUACGUUCUGUGGAACUUUCAGAACAUCUAUCCGAAGCGAAAGAGAAGACGGUGCACGGGGACGAUUGAGUUUCGAGGCGGGAACCAAUUUCUCAACACCAAGGGGACGCUGGCGUGGGUAGCGUUUGUGCUGGGUUUCAUCACAUUGGCGAAAGAAGAGGACCUUCUUCACAACUACUACUCUUAUGUUCCACCUACAGACCCCAGCUGGCCGCGUCGGGCCAAGGAAUGGUGGAAGCGAAUUCGGGAAGCGGCCAAGCAGUCGCGGAUGAGCAGACAUUUGCCUGAGACGUACGCGGAAAUGCAGACAAAAUGA